AUACACGCGCUUGCACAAUGACAGAUGCAUGUCGGGAGGAGGAGUCUGUGAGGCGCAAGUGUCACCGCCUUGCUUCCUGGACAUACACUACAGUUCCCAGCAUGCACCGCGCCUUUUCUUCCCUCCCUCCCCCCUUUCUUCCUUCCUUCCUUCCUUCCUGCCUGCUGCCGUCCAACCGAAAGAUGUCGAGCAGACGCCGCGGCCCGAAGACUCCGAAGCGAACCUGAACAGAACCAUCUUCCAGCAGAAUGGCGGCACCGCGGCGGCUUGCGGGGCGGAAGCCUAGCUCAGCGUCUCUUGCUCGGCCUUGAAGCACACACAAGCACCGCUGGAGCUUCGGAGUACUGAACUGAACUGAACUGAACUGAACUGAACCGAGUCGAGCUGAGCCUCCGUGCCGCCAGUGAUGGCCAGCAGCUUGCAGGACUGAAGCGUCCCUGAAAGCAGACCUGAUCCACGUCCACCAUCAGCGUCAUGGAGCGGUCCGGAAGCAUUCAACUGGACAUUCCGGACUUCAGUAAUUCAGUUCUGUCCCACCUGAACCAGCUACGAGCCCAAGGGCGCUUGUGCGACAUCGUGGUCCACGUUCAGGGUCAGAGCUUCCGGGCCCACAAGGUGGUACUGGCUGCUAGCUCGCCAUAUUUCCGGGACCACAUGGCCCUGAGCCAGAUGAGCACAGUGUCGCUGACAGUGAUCCGGAACCCUUCAGUAUUCGAGCAGCUGCUGGGAUUCUGCUACACAGGUCGUCUGAGCCUGCAGCUGUGUGACAUCAUCAGCUACCUGACAGCCGCUAGCUUCCUGCAAAUGCAGGACGUCAUCGACCGCUGCACGCACAUCCUGGAAGGAAUCCACCUCAAGAUCAGUGUGGCCGACCCAGACCAGCGGCCCGCAGAUCAGGAUGCAGUGUCGCCACGCCCCCGAACCCUGGAGGCACCGGUCAGAGGAGCCCGUCACGCCGGGCCGCCACCACUUGGAUCGAGCACUGAGGCCACCAGCCCCGGCGAGGAGACACUCAGCCCGACAGUGGGACCUGGAGGGUUGGAGCAACCCGGCGCCUCAGUCAGCCGGGCCGCCAAAGAGCCCAUCCUUCGCAUCAACCGGGCGGGCCAGUGGUACAUGGAGACUGGCGGUGAGGUGGACGAGGGCACCAUUGUGGAUGGAAUCAGGAUCAAGACCGAGCGGACGGAGCAGUGGAUUGGAACAGGCCGCGACCGGGAGGAUGCAGGCCUGGCUGAGGGGGGCAGUGCCAUGAUCAUUGAUGUGUCGGGACACAGCACACUGGUGCCAGGAAGUUGUGUCGUACGACCGUCCAGCAGUGUCGGCGAUGCUGACAGGUUCAGCCCCACAGGGAGCGUCCUCGUCCUUGCUGACCAUCAGAGAGCGAAGAGUGAAUCUCCAAGCAGAACCGAUGACCCGGGACACGCCAGCUCCCAGGGGGAGGAGCCGGUGGCCUACGAGGACUACGUGAGGGAUCAGGCGGGCGACCGCUGGUUCCGCUACAACCCGAGGCUAACAUGCAUCUACUGCUGCAAGUCCUUCAACCAAAAAGGAAGCCUGGACCGCCACAUGCGCCUGCAUAUGGGCAUCACACCCUUUGUGUGCCGCCUGUGCGGGAAGAAGUACACGCGCAAGGACCAGCUGGAAUACCACAUCCGGAAGCACACGGGCAACAAGCCCUUCACGUGCCGCCUGUGCGCUAAGAGCUUCCCUUUCCAGGCCAUCCUCAACCAGCACCUGCGCAAGAACCAUCCGGGCCACGACACCCACAGCGCCUCACCUGAGACCACCACCGCCUCCCUUACAUCCCGGGGGGGCCCCAGUGAUGACGCCUCUCCUGGCGAGGACGAGUCCGAAGGCGGCGGCGGGAGUGGGGCGGCGUACGCCGAGGGUCCCCACGCAUCGGUCUCCACCACGGGGCCCGACUGAGACGGUUGGCGCCAGCCACGAUAUGGCGUCCUCAUGUUUAUUUUAUCUGACACCACCUUAGCCAAUCACAUCCUUCCUUUCUGCCUCCUGACAAUCAGCCUGCCUGACGCUCCCGAACGCACCAAAUCAAUUCAGUGAUUUCAUUUGAGGCGAAUGCGUCGACCCACGGCGUAAACCUUAAGAUUUUAACUUAUAGAUCGUUGUCGUCGUAAGAUUUGACAGCCAAACUUACAUCACGUGACCUCCUUCAGGCGUACUCAGACCUGUACCGGAACCGCCAAUGGUCCCUCCGGAUUUGGUCUUUGAAGCAUCGUCACACCGCAGCAAAGAAUCGUUGAGUUCGGGUCUCAACGGACAAACCUCAGAUAAGCUAAGCAGCUCAGUUACCUCUCGUCACCACGCAAUACACCACCGGGGGGCGCUUCAUCCUCAAAUUUUCAUUUGUUUCUUUUUUUCUUGGUUCUGACUUCCUGGAUCAGAAUGAAAAAGCAAAGAGGCGACAUAGUCGGUCAAAGACAAAGAUGAAAAACAAAAAUUGCUCGAAAUACAAGUUCUUAUAUUUUUUAAUGUGUGUCACUAACAACAGCGCUAAUAUUAAAAAUAAUCCCUUAUGAUCAAAUCGAGCAAACCACUCACUGGCUAGAACACAGCUAGUCAGUGCUAACGAACAAAAUGUUGUAGUCUCAUGAACUCUGAUCAACGGGUGCACUUAUGGAGGUGCCACAAGUAAUGGACCCAGGACUCGUGUUGACAGAGAAGAGAAUAUACCCAAGGUCAAAGUUCACCUGCUACCACAUCAAAGAUGGCCUCCAAACAACUUGAGCACUUAAGUUUUGGUAAAAGAAACAAACAAAAACACCAUGACGACUCGCGUGUGAACCGCAUUCUUGUUUUUUAUGCAAACCUCUCCAGUCUCCCAUCAGGUAGACCAGGACUCCCGCACGUAGCAGCAAGCUAACGCUAGCAAACCUUACUUGUACAAAACCACAUCACCUCAACCUGACUGGCUGAGCCACGCAGGGCCCGCCUCUUCACGACACUUUACCUCACCUGGUCCCGGUCCGAGUCCACACCACCUGUCAGAAUCGGAUCUGAAUUGAUCAAACGAGAACGAGAAUGCUGAUUUAUGAACAGCAGCAACCAUCGUUCUCGAAUGUUCUCUGAUCACGUCUUUCAGGUUCUACCACCAAGACUUGGACUCCUCUUCUUCUGUGGUACCUCACUUCAUUAUCCUCUGACCUCUGACCUUCAUGGUGGCUUUUACUCAUCUCCUGAAGGUCACAGACUAAAAAAAAAACAAAAAAAAACUGGUUUAACCUGCUGAAGGAUCGAUGAGGAACAUUCUUAAUAAGCAGGAAGUGAAAGUGUGAUGUCACGCGCUAAUGUUGGGGGUGGGGCAGGGAGCAGAGCCAAACGUCAACUGCUUCUUUCACUCGAGAAAAUAAAAACCUGACUUAAAGUGUUCGUUCGCCACUUUUUUGUAACAAUGGACUACGACUUGACUAACAGGAGGCUCGAAGACGUAGUGGGCGUUUCCAAAGUAGCUAGCAUGUACAACCCCUGGCAAAAGUUAUGGAAUCACCGGUCCCGGCAGAUGUUCAUUCAGUUGUUUAAUUUUGUAGAAAAAAAGCAGAUCACAGACAUGAUGCAAAAUGAAAGUCAUUUCAAAUGGCAAUUUUCUGGCUUUAAGAAACAAAGAAAUUAAGAAAACAGAAUGUUAGUCAGUAACAGUUGCUUUUUUUUUUUUUGACCAAGCAGAGGGGAACAAAAUGAUGGAAUCAUGAAAAACACUUCAACACACCUCUAAUACUUUGUUGCACCACGUUUGGCUUUUAUAGCAGCUUACAGUCUCUGAGGCAUGGACUCAGAUUGUGAGUGGCAGACCGUACUCUUCAUCAGCCUGGCGCCAUCUUUGUCUGAGUGCUGUUGCCAGAUCAGCUUUGUGGUUCCGCCACAGAUUUUCAAUUGAAUUGAGAUCCGGACUAUUUGCAGGCCAUAACGUUACCUUGUGUGCCUUUUUUUUUUUUUUUUUUUUUUUUUUUUUUUUUUUUUUUGCUCUACGGCAAGAUGCAUUAUCAUCUUGAAAAAUGAUUCCAUCAUUCCCAAACAUCCUUUCAAUUGAUGGGAUAAGAAAAGUGUCCAAAAUGUCAACGUAAACUUGUGCGUUCAUUGAAGAUGUAAUGACCGCCAUCUCCUCAGUGCCUUUACCUGACAUGCAGCUGAUAUGCGAUUCAUCACUGAAAAAUGACUUUCAUCCAGUCAUCCACAGUCCAUCAUUGCUUUUCCUUAGCCCGUUGUUUUUUUCUGUUUAGGUGUUAAUGAUGGCUUUCAUUUAGUUUUCCUGUAUGUAAAUUCCAUUUCCUUUAGGCGCUUUCUUACAGUUCGGUCACAGACGUUGACUCCACCAGGUUCCUCCCAUUUGUUCCUCGUUUGUUUUGCCGUGCAUUUUCUGUUUUCAAGACAUAGUGCUUUAAGCUGUCUGUCCUGACACUUUGAUAUCUUCCUUGGUCUACCAGCAUGCUUGCCUUUAACAACCUUCCCGUGUCACGUCUUUUGCAACAUUGUGUUACCUUCUUUAAGAGGUUUGAUAAUCCUCUCCUUUGUUUCAAGUGACAUCUCUCGCAAAUGUUACCUGAUGUAGGUGUUAGUUCUGGGAAUGAAAAUUUACAGGGUGAUUCCAUAAUUUUUUCCCUCUGCUUGGUCUAGAAAGUAACUGCUACUGACCACCACCAUUUUUUUUCUUAAUUUCUUCUAGUGUUUCUUGAAGCCAGAACGUUGCCAUUUGUAAUGACUUUAGUUUUGUGUCAUGUCUGCGAUUUGUCUUUUUUUUUCUCUACAAAAUUAAACAACUGAUUGAACAUCCUCCGAGACUGGUGAUUCCAUUAUUUUUGGGGUUGUAGCGUCCAGCGCUCAGUCAUUGUUAGCUUGGGGGGCAUGACCUUCUAGAAAUCUCUUAUGCUGAGAUGAAUCCAUGAUAAGUGUUUGAGUC